GCUCCUCGGACACAGCUCAAAGACGUAGCUAGGAGACAUUUGUGUGCGUCUCAGGGAAAGAGAGAGAGAGAGAGAAAGAGAGGGAGGGAGAGAGAAAGAGAGAGAGGGAGGGAGGGAUAGAGCUGGCUAAAUGAGUGUAGACCUCUCUAGUUGAUCCGGGAGGUGGUUUUGCUACUUAGCCCGUCAUGUGAUUGCCCUGGGCUUGUCAUCCUUCGGUUUUUCUUAUUAUUUUUUUUGUUGUUAACUUGAUUUUCAGAAGCAGCCUACCUACCAGCGCAGAGAAGGCAAGUAGAAUAGGACUUGUAAUCAAAUACCGGUGGUGCGUUUGUUUAGUAGGGUAGGCUGGGGGCUUCUGCAGGGUGGUGGACCCGAACACAAGCUUCCUGUGGAGACUCACUACCAUCUAGCAGAGACGACAGCGGAACACCUUUAAUACUAGUUUGGAGACGUCCAGAGAAGGAGUUCUCUCUCUUCACCUGGGUCGUUGCCGCUGGUUCUUCUUUUCAGUCCUUCUACAAAGAAGAGGAUUUCAAGGAAUAUAAUAUAUGCCACAGAUUAAAAGGUCUCAAAUGCUCGGUUAACAAUGGGAUCUACGAACCACUGAAGAGCCUCUGACAAAGGAACAAGGGAAACAAGAGGAAAGGAGAGGAGAAAAGGAGAGGGGACACUCAGAGAGAGAGAGAGAGAGAGAGAGAAAUAAAAGGAGAGGGGACUCUCAGAGAGAGAGAGAGAGAGAGAGAGAGAGAGAGAGAGAGAGAGCGAGAAGGAGCCCCUAUUGAAAAGAAAAGCGGAGGUUGGGUGGGGUAGGAUCAGCUUUGUGUCUGUCGGUGUGUGGUUGGGUUGCAUGCUGUCCUCUCCAGGGGACAUCCUCCUUUGUGUGAGAGAUAGUUAACAAAAGACAAAGAAUGCCCAAUAAACAGAGAGGAGAGUGUCGAGCGGCGGAGGAGGCUAGAGUGGGGAUGCCUGGUCUGGGGAGCCUAGCUGUGGGUUGCAGGGCUAGUGUGUUGCUGCUACUGGCUCUCAUGGUAACUCUGGCUCAAGGGGCCUGGCCACUGGAUCAAUCCCAGGGACAGGUGGAGGUGCUGGGGGACAUGAUGGUGGACGGACCGGGGGAGCUGGAGGCCUCCAUGCACUCCUCCAUACUGUCAGACUUCCAGGCGGUAGAGGCCUUGGAUCCGGUGGCGGAUGCAGUUCAGCAAUCUGCAGUAGGAGCAAGGGGAGUGUCAGGAUUCCCUGACUCGUCUGCUGUGGUUGGCCGGGUGUUUCAGAUGAAGGUUCCGGUGAAGACGGACCAUACCAGGAACAUGGUGAAGAUAACUGAGUCAGGCAAGGAGACGCUACCAACAUGGCUGCACUGGGACUGGGAGAGCAACGUCCUACAGGGUCUACCACUGGGUGAGGACAAGGGUGUCCACUAUAUCUCCGUCUCCGCAUCCAAUGGCAGCCAGGAUAUCUUCUCCAUCGAGGUGCACCCAGAGGAACACGCUGACACUGACCCGAUCCAGGUAGCCAUCCAGUCAGCAUCCAACAACUCCAACAACGAGGUAGAGCCAUUCGUCUGUGGCAACGAGGAGCCGGUGACGGUGCUCACAGUGAUUCUGGAUGCCGACCUGACCAAGAUGAGCUCCAGGCAGAGGGUGGAGCUGCUGACCAAGAUGAAGAAGUUCUCUGGCGUGGCGCUGCAGCACAUGAAGAUACAUCCUGUGGUCAACAACAGAUUGUUCGAUAUGUCCGCCUUCAUGGCCGGACCGGGAAAUGCCAAAAAGGUGGUGGAGAACGGAGCCCUGUUAUCCUGGAAGCUGGGCUGUUCCCUGGACCAGAGUAACGUCCCUAAUAUUAGUAGUGUCCAGGCGCCGGCUAAAGAGGGCACUAUGUCGGCUCAGUUGGGAUAUCCGGUUGUCGGUUGGCACAUCGCCAACAAGAAGCCUCAUAUCCCAAAACGGGUGAGGCGCCAGCUCAACAAUACCCCUACUCCUGUUCUAGCUCUGCUUCCCCCAACGUCUGUCGUCGAGCCCCCUAUUCGCAUUGUACCCACCCUAUCGUCACCUGCCAUUGCUGCCCCCACAGACAGCUCUGCCCCACCCAUGAGAGGGCCUGUGCCCUUGCCCAUGAAGCCCACAAUCCGUGUCAGAGACUCUUAUUCCCACACUCCCAGUCAGGGUGCACCCCUGCCAACCAGAGUGAUGGAGUCCACUAGUACCAUCUCCAUUGAACCCACCAUGACCAGGCAUACUGUUGUGGAAGCCACGCUGACACUCCCUCCACCCAUCACAGUCGCCACCAGAAAGCCAACCAAAAAACCAAAGAGACCGAAGACCACUCCGAUGCCAAGGGAGCCCAAGACCACCACAGCCAAACCAGCCAGGCGCACUACACCGUCGUCCAUCGUGCCUGACCCAAGAAACGAGAAACCAGAUCUCCGCAACCCCAUCGAUCAGGUCAAUGCCUUCGUGGGCACAUAUUUUGAAGUGAAAAUCCCAUCUGAUACUUUCUUUGACAAGGAGGAUGGUACGACAGACAAGUUGAGGUUGACAUUGAGGAUGAACCACAACGAAGUGGUCGGAGAUGAUUCCUGGAUACAGUUUAAUAGCACAAGUCAGCUGCUGUAUGGUCUACCUGACUCGAACCACAUCGGGAAGCACGAGUACUUCAUGCAGGCCACCGAUAAGGGCGGUCUGAACGCAAUCGAUGCCUUUGAGGUCCGUGUGAACCGUUGGGCUCCCAACGAUAAGUCCCCGGUCUUGUUCCAGGCUCGCUUCCACGGGGAACCUCACCAGGUGACCAACGACAUCCACAAGAAGAUUUUGCUCAUCAAGAAACUGGCGUACUCGUUCGGGGACCGCAACAGCAGCACGGUCACCCUGAGGAACAUCACCAAGGGAUCAAUCAUGGUGGAGUGGACCAACAACAGCCUCCAGCAGAACCCCUGUCCCAAGGAGAAGAUCCAGACCAUGUCCAGGAGGAUCUCUAACGCCCAGGGAAGGCCCUCCCAGACAUUCAUCUCCACCAUGGAGCCUGAAUUCAAACCCAUCGACAUCAAGGUCAAAGGGACAGCCGCCUGCCAGAACUACAUGUUCGUGCCGCCGAGUGAAAUCACCAUUCCUUUACCCCCGGCCGUCACCCCGGCGCUCGGCGCCGGACGCCAGAGCACGGACGACGUCUACCUUCACACGGUCAUCCCUGCGGUAGUGGUGGCGGCCAUCUUGCUGAUCGCCGGCAUCAUCGCCAUGAUCUGCUACCGUAAAAAGCGCAAAGGAAAGCUGACCAUCGAGGACCAGGCUACCUUCAUCAAGAAGGGGGUACCCAUCAUUUUCGCAGACGAGCUUGACGACUCCAAGCCCCCUCCGUCCUCCUCCAUGCCCCUCAUCCUGCAGGAGGAGAAACCCCCACUGCCCCCGCCUGAGUACCCCAACAUGACCAGUCCAGAGACCACCCCCCUGAACCAGGACCUUCUGGGGGAGUACACAGCUCUGAGGGAUGAAGAUCCCAAUGCCCCUCCCUACCAGCCUCCACCCCCUUUUACUGUCCCCAUGGAAGGUAAAGGCUCUCGUCCAAAGAACAUGACCCCCUACAGAUCCCCACCACCUUACGUGCCACCCUAAGGUUAGCUGGCUCCUCCAGAGGAGGAGAGGGGAAGCAGGGGGGACAUGUAACCGUCUCACACCAGUGUUGUCUGUUUGGAAAUAAGGGGUGGGAGGAGGAGGGUAGAGGCUCUGCAAAGUGGCAAUGAACUUCGGACAUUUUGGGUUGGGAGGGUUUUGGGCUGAUCUGAUCAAGGCUGAGUUAAAGUUGAAUGAUGGGAGGGAGGGAGAACUAGGUGGUAGCCUCGACAACAAUAGCCACAACAAUGACACUAUUCAGUCUCUCGUCAUCUCAUUGGUUACAGCUGAACAGCUAGAUUGAGAAGACACGCCCCUCCUGUCCCAGCAGCUUUUUUCUCCAUUUGAAACUAAAUGGCCUUUUGUUUUAUUUUGCGUCUUUUGGUUCUGGUUUUCUUCUGUUUUUGACUUGACUUUAAGAUCAAACUACUUGCCUUUUUUUAAUCUUCUUUUAUCUUGAAUAAUACAAGAGGACAAUAAACAAACACACUGCAGGCAAAAAGGUUUUUUAAUGAUGAGAUAGAGAGUUCUAUGAAUGAAAACAAACACAACAUAAUCAUGUUGAUCUGGGACAGCCAACCCUGCAGACAGUUAAACACAGUGGUUGAUCGAUGUGGCGGUGGCUGUUUGGAUUCAAUAAGGUUUGCCUUUUAACAAUAAUUGUAUGUUUUUACCCUUAUUCACACAAUGUCUAGUCAAGAUGAGCAUAACAAGGGUAGCCUAAAAGAAGAAUUAGAAAUUAGUAUUAGUAUUUUUUUUUUUUUUACUUUAUAUCUUUAAGGUUAGAUUAGAUUAGAUAGGAUUGUUUUGGUGGUGGAGCAGAUCUCCUGACUGAAAUAGCCUGCAGGAUCCCUUUUUCCCCCAAUCAGAAAGGAACGGUACACCUAGUAGGUAGGCCUAGUCAGGGUUAGUGAACGUUAACAUGGAAGGCAAUGACAACCAGAUGGGUACCCUGGCCUGGUUAUGACCAGAUGGGUACCCUGGCCUGGUUAUGACCAGAUGGUUACCCUGGCCUGGUUAUUAUCAGAUGGUUACCCUGACCUGGUUAUGACCAGAUGGUUACCCUGGCCUGGUUAUGACCAGAUGGUUACCCUGGCCUGGUUAUGACCAGAUGGUUACCCUGGCCUGGUUAUGACCAGAUGGUUACCCUGGCCUGGUUAUGACCAGAUGGUUACCCUGGCCUGGUUAUGACCAGAUGGUUACCCUGGCCUGGUUAUGACCAGAUGGU